GUUUGCACUGAGAAAUUUUAAGUACUUCCUUCGUACUCCAAAAAAAACUGCAUAGAGACCCAAGUGAAAAACAAGUACAGCUGUGGCUAUCAAGCAGCCUGAAAGCCUCGAUUAUUGAUGAAAAAUAUCAGGAAUCAAUGAACAUACGCAUGUGGACACAGCAGUGGAAUUAUAUAUUUCUACAGAUUGCAUCUGCAACACACACUUUAUUCUCGAAAUGUUUGAAAAAGUGAUUUCGUUGUACGGAUAAAUAAGGAAAAAAGAAAUGCGAUAACUGUGGAGGAAUAAUAACAAGCAGGAACAUUCUGAAUUUUUUUUAUCUGCCGUUGCGCCUAUUCCAAACUCAAGCACGAGGAUGAUUGUAGUUUAGUUGGUGGCAGCACCGUCGCGUUCUGCGCGACAUCGACGGACAAGACGGGCAGUCUACCGAACGAAAAGAACGAACAGCUGAAGAUUUGUGAUGGCCGGAAAUCAACUGUUUGGAUUGUUGCUUUACUGCGAUUAAAAGAAAAAUCAAGAGGAAAAAAUCAACGGUAGAGUCUCGGGAAAAGUACUUUCAUUAUCUUCUCUAUUAAUAACUUGAGAGAACAAGAAGAACGUUUCUUUAUCGAGGUUAAUAUUUUGAGAAGUUUGGAGCACCAGCAUCAAAAUGUUAUCACAGGAUCCUCCGGUGAAUCCAACAAAAUCAAAGGAAGAUCUGCCAAUACCAAGGCUUAAGAAGAACAAAAAACUUGAAUCGAGAUGGGGUAUCGGAUACUAUGAUGCCAUUAAUAAAGCAGUUUUCAACACUGAUUAUACCCCGUACAUGCCAUCAGAACCUCCAGCUUCCAUAAAAAAAGAUGUUGAUAAGACUGGAUAUGUUUGUAAACAAUGUAGAGAUUGUUUUCGAUUCCUGAGCAGUAUAGAAGAGCACACGUCCCGUCGAAGUUGGAUUCUUGGUUACUGGUGUCAAUCGUGUUUUACAAUAAAAUGUACUCACGUUGGUCAAAAUCAACCCCCCUGUGUGGCUUGUCGGAACGUGGAGGCAUCGAAAAGAGCAUAUUUGUCGGAUAUUGGUGCCACAAAGAAUAUAAAAAAAGGUGUUAUCCGAGUUUUUUACAAUCAGUGCCAAUUUUUCGCGCAUUUACGAAUGCACGGGAUCUUAACGGUUGAUUUGAACGACAUCAUGCUGAUGCCUUUGCCAACUGGCAUACAACACGAAGAUUAUGGACAAUUGGAUAAAUUAUGUAAGGCUCUGAUGGAAACAAUGUUCAUAAAACAAAUACACAUCAUGGAUUGGAUGAGGGGAAUGAAUCUCCAGCUAACUCAUUGGAAAACUUUUUUAAAUUGGAUGGAGUCAAAGAAAAAGAAUCCGAUAUCGGAUAUACUUUCUCGUUAUUCGAAAAAUAGUAUGAAUGCAAAGGAUUUAGGAGAGAGAACGCAAAAAAAUAAGCCUUUGGAAAAUAGUACUACAGCGUCAAGUGUAAGUGAUCAAUCUAAUUCGGCUCAAGAUGAAAAAGAUCCAUUGGCCGAGGAUGAGACCGAUACUGCAAACGCUAUUGCCUUUGUUGAUUGUGGAUCGAUGCCCAGUAAUCUAUUACUUUCAGAAUUUUCCGAAGUAAAUUCCUCCGGAGGUUCCCACAAUGAUCCAACUGAUGAACGAGCAAAAUCACUUUGGCCUUCCUUUUCUGAGCAGCACGACAGAUGCAUGGAUAAAUCCAGUGAUGUAACCUCAAACACGUGUAAAGAGCUCACCAGGCCGUCAUCGUCACCAGUAACGAUGAUCAGUCGCCAAACUCCGCGCGUAUUAACGAUACGCAGUUCAAAAGGUCUCAGUCUUUCGACGAUCAUAAAACACUUGCCGACGGAAACAGUCAACACGAAAAAUACACAGAAUUCGUUAGUCGUCGGUAGUAGUUGUGAGGCUGAAAAUCGUUCGAUCGAACUUCCGGACCACCUUCAACAACCCACAAUCACAAUCAACCAACCCACAAUUAGCUCGCAAUUGAAAGGCAACGAAAAAAUAUUGAUUCUCGACGAGAAAUGUACAAAAAAUCAGAAAAUAGAUCCCAAGAUUAAUUCUUCGACCAGUGGCCCCGUGAAAAACAAAAAAUCUGACGUUGUGCCUGUAUCAGCAAAACCACAGAGUUUCUCAGAACAGAUUUCCCUUCAUGGGCGUAUUGUUUUUCAAAACGGCAAAAAAUACAUCGUCAGACACGUGCCUAAAUCGAAAUCACAAUCGAUACUCCAGGAUCCGAUUAUCAAGAAAUUGCGUAAUCCUCCACCUCUCAUAGCUCCGAUUUCAGGCAGAAAGGUUGUUUCUAUACUUCCGAAAAUUAUGCCGGGCACGAAACUAUCAACAAUCUUUGGGAUCGAUCCGACCCAAACGAAAAAAACAGUUCCAAUCACACGAGUUUGUAAGCGCAGCAGAACUCUCGCCAAAAUCGUAACUCCUACUGGAUUUCCACUCACCACGGUAAAAGCAAAUUUGACUUCACAGGACAGCAAAGCGAGAUUAUCGAAAAUGCAGAAAACCUUGUUGGUAAAAUGUCGAGAGGCUUUAAUGAAUGAUUUGCAUCGUGUCUCUCCAACCCAGCUGGAAUCGUACAUCGAACAUCUCAAGGAAAUAACCGAACGUUAUUCGAGAAAAGUAAAUUCGAAGGACGAUUCUGUUCGUACGAAUAACAUGAAAACGAUAACAGCUUUCGAGAAUAUGAGAGAAUUAGUAAAGGGUAAUGAACCUACCCGUUCGAACAAGGAAGUUCAUACCAGAGAUGAAUUUGAAAACAAUAUACGUCAAUGGGAAAAGCGAAUAAAAGGCACCGGAAGGGUUCGAAUAUGCGAAACAUGUGGCAAAACAUUGAAGCCAGAUAAUUAUAUCGUGGGAAUAUGCAUUCCACCGAUUCAUCCGACCAUUUAUUGUCAGUGUAACGACAACAUUUGUUGUAUCUGCGAGGCGAAUCAGGGCAGUUUGUUACAACUGAAGACACACAUUAAAUUGCACAGAGGUGAAAUGCCCUUUAUGUGUCCGAGCUGCUCAAUCGUAUUUCCUACAAGUGCCGAAUUAGAAGUUCACGUUUGGACCACAUGUUUCCAUCCAAUGGAGAGAUACAUAUACGGCUGUGGCGUGUGUGAAAUCGAAGGUAUCCUCGAUAUGGAAUCGAUAACUCGACACUUCAUACUUCUUCAUAGUCGAACUAAAAUUAUUUGUACCGAAUGCAAAAUGGAAUACCCUGAAGCGCCUACUUCCGACGAUUACACGAAACAUCACUCCCAGCAUCACUCCGAUCUCGAAAAGAUGCCGGAGCCAAGGAGGCUGUUGGUUUGCAGCUUGAAACAAUGCAUCGUGCGGCCUGAGCUCUUCAGAGCUCAUUUGUCCGAUCACGUGGGUGUGCUCAGGUGGAUUUAUUACAAAUGUCCAUUUUGUACUACGAUAACUCAAGGUUCAGAAAGGAAUAAAUCAUUGAUGCGUGAACAUCUGGUUAAAUUUCAUUUGAAUCGAAUGCACGAGAUUGUGAGCAAAGAGUGUCUUUCAAGAAUUAUCAAUGACAUUCAACUAACACCGGUUAUGUCCAGUAUCAUCGAUAUCAGAGCAGGCCAAAUUCCCGAAGUUUCGAAUUCCGACCAAACGGGACCAAAAAUUCUCGACGCUCGUACUAUUACUCCAGCAACUUUUGAAUAUGGUCCAGACACCUCGGAGACAGUGCUCAACAACGACGAGUCCAGAUUGCCACGGAUACUGGAAGUUAGAUCGGAGGCUGUGGAAGAGUUUGAAUCUGAGAAUGCCGAGGCGAAUGAUAUUCGACUGGAAAUCAUUUCGGUGAAGUCCAUCGCCGAUUGUUCACCAGAAUCUCCGGAAAUUCCGAGAGAAACGUCGAAAGAAGCGAGCGGCGAAUCAGCAGGGUUGAGCGAACAUCCUGGGACGAUAACGCUACGUUUGAACUCGUCUCUCAUUCAGGAACAACUCGGGUGCGAAGAUUCGUCCAAUUCGCAUGAAGAAAUAAGUGUGAUAUCGGUGAAUUCAAAAGGCGACGACUCUGAAUUGGAAAAUACCUUCUCUUUGGCAGAGCUCUCCAGCGAGAACGUGGACGACGUGACGAAAGAUUUUACGAACCCUACGCAUAUCAAGAGCGUUGUAGCGAGCAAAGAAUCGCUGGCGCAAAAGCCAUGGAGAAUAGCUCUGAACAGCCCGAUCGAUACUGAAAGUGAGCCCAUUACUUACAAUUGCCAUUUAUGCGGAGAACUCAUAAACACAUCUUGGUCCGUAAUUAAAAAUCACUUCGAUACGAAUCACUCGGGCGAUUACGAGAUAUUCGCAUUAUCUCCAAAUGUCCCUCGCGUAUCAAUGGAUUUUAUCGACGAUUCGGCCUCGAAUCCUAAAGAUUCGAUCGACAAUAAUAAAAAACGUAAGAUAGACAUUGUUGCUGCGAUUAGUCCGAAACGACGGAGACGCUGGGGUCCGAAAAAACAUAUUGAACGUCCCGGUUCACCUAGUUUUGGAAUUUGUGUUAGGCCCGAGCCCGUCCAGCAGAUAGAAGGAACCUUCCGUUGCAAAAAAUGUGAUCAACCCUUCGAAGACAGAUCGAUGUUGCGCAACCACAUUGCGACAGAGCAUCGUAUAAAAGGACAGUAUCUCAUUUGUCUCGAAUGUGGGGAGAAUUUUGUGGUUGUACCAAGUUUACAAAUGCAUCUCAAAGCGUUACACGGUAUAGAAGAUCCGAUAACUUAUCUGACGAAAAACACGGCCUAUGCGCCAGACGUUCUUGACGAUACGGAGGAAGAUGAAAAAGCAACAGAAUCGAAUCAGUGUUACGUUUGCAUGGCGGUUUUCGAGGACAAACCAGCGUUGGAUAAACACAUGAGGGUGCAUGGUAUGGCCUUCCUCAAACGCAGGAGAUUCGAGGCUCUGAAAGCUUGGAAAUCGACCUCCAAAAUCAACGAAUCCCCCAAUAUGGACAUGAAAGAUCGUAAAAUUGACGAAAAAUCACAAAAUUCUUCAAACGGUUUCGAAGAUUCAAGCAAGCAACAGGAAAGUCACAAUGACAAUGAGUCUCCUUCUCGUAUGCUUGAAGAUAAAUUGAGCAAAGAACAAAUACAAAAUGUUGACAAAUCGGUAAUAAAAAAGGAUCAAAUUGAAACAUUACCGACAGCGACAUAAAUUAUUUCUAUCUGUAUGUAUUAUUUUAGUAUAAAUAUUUUCUUCAUCCUCUCGAAUUGAGAAUUGUCGACGAAGGAAGCUUGUUACGAAAUAUUUUCGUAUGAUGACAUAACAUGUAAAGUUCAAUCCGAGCAAGUUUUUAUUUUUUACUUUAUUGAUAAGGUCACGAAUGAAGUAGAUAAAUCAUACUACAUUGUGCAUUCGAACUGUAUAAAUAAUGUUACGUGUUUGGCGAUGUAACAGGUUUAAUAAUUUACAUUGUAAAAAAUAAAUAUUUACGCCUUGAAAACGGUA